AUGGGUUCUUGCAGCAGAAGAAGAAAGGAUGAAGACACUAAUUGUCCAGGUUUCUACAAGUGUGUGGAUGAGUCUGUUCUUCACAAAGGGAAGCUCCAAAUUCCCAAAGAUUUUUGCUGGUUUGAUGGAGUGGUGCCUCAGCAGUGCCAUCUUCAGACUCUGUAUGGAAGUUGGAAUGUGGAUGUCAAAAGGAUUAAGAGAGUGUUCUUCUUGGAAAAGGGUUUGGAGGAAUUUGUAGUUGGCAACUCUUUGAAGCAAGGUGAAUCUUUGGUUCUGCAAUACGUUGGAAUUGCAAAGUUCUUUGUUCAAAUAUAUGGACUCAAUCACUGUGAGAGGUCAAAGGCCAGUGAGAUCAGCUUAGUGGACUCUGAAAAUGACGAAGAAGAUGUGAUUAUUAUUGACUCCGACUCUGAUCCUGAAGCUCAAGACAGUGAGAUCAGCUUGGACUCUGAAAGCAAGUGUCCCAGGGAUUUGGUUUGUGGAAGAAAAGUAUCAAGGAGAGGUGGAGUUAGAAAUAUAGCCACAAUCAGCUCUUCAGGAAAUCCUUGCUUCAGUAUCCGGAUUUGCCGAAGUCAUGUCAACAGAGGACCAUUGCUCACACCAAGGAGCUUCCUAAGGAACAUUUCCAAGCCAAAGAAGGUCAAGCUUCAAGUUGAAAAUGUGUGCUGGAAUGUGAUCUGGUUACAUCCUUACAACAAAUCCAGUAGGUUCAGUGGAGGUUGGGUACCCUUUUUUAAGGAGAACAAGGUGAAAGAGGGGGAUAUAUGUGACUUUGAGCUGAUUUCAAAGUCAACUGAGGUUGCAGUGAUCAAGGUUACUAUUAGGAGAAUGUAGUUCGAGUUAGUAUCAGUGCUAGCUAGGAAUUUCCUAUGCGGUUUAAAGUUUAAACUAAAUGGCUGUGGGUGUAGUAGUGUGUACCAACUUCCAAGA